UGGAAAAUCACGGCAUAGAAGAAAUGCGCUGAAAUGGACCUAAGUGUAUUUGAUUAUUUUUUACUAUUAUUGCAUCUAAAAAUGCUUUUGCUUCAUCCAGAAUCUAAACCUCAGUUGUUUUUUGAGUGAGGUAAAUACUUCUGUUUUUGCAGACAUUCCUCUCCUAAUAAUGCGUAUGCCUGUAGCUAAACGGACUUUUCUUUUUAUAUAUGCAUAUAUAUGUAUCCUUCGCUUGACCUGUGGCAAAUUUUGACUGCGAGGACGCCUGUUUCAUUGUCUUGCUGGAAAGAAAGACUGACAUGCGUAAGUGCCCGAAACACUGCUUUCUUUAGAAAACUUACUCCAAAGUUCUCUUUAUGGCGUUUCAAAAUGCCAGACUCUAACCUGAGGAACGAAAGCAACUAUGGGAUCUAUUUUGCUGAGGCUUUCAAUGGAUCUGUUUUGGACCCAAUAUUUCCAAACGACAGCAUCUCGACUUGUAGGAACUUCACACUGGACUCACAGGUUGUCGGGGUUGGGAUCUUUCUCUCCGUUUUUAUUUUGGUUGCAAUUGUUGGGAACAUUUUGGUUAUCCUGUCUGUGGUAUGCAACAAACAUUUGCAGACUGUCACAAACUACUUUAUUGUUAACUUAGCCAUGGCAGACCUGCUGCUCGGCAUUAUUGUGCUGCCCUUCUCGGCAUCUUUAGAGGUUCUGGGAUGCUGGGUGUUUGGCCGGGUUUUCUGUAACAUCUGGGCAGCGGUGGAUGUGCUCUGUUGCACCGCAUCCAUCCUCAGCCUCUGCAUCAUCUCCAUCGACCGGUACAUAGGGGUGAAAUACUGCCUUAAAUACCCGAGUAUUAUGACAGAGAGGAGGGCAGUAGCUAUUUUAGUUCUAGUUUGGGUAUCAUCCACGGUCAUCUCUGUCGGACCGCUCCUGGGAUGGAAGGAACCUCCGCCUGUGGACGACAGCAUCUGCAGGAUCACGGAGGAGCCGGGCUACGCGCUCUUCUCCUCUCUCUUCUCUUUCUACCUCCCGCUCAUGGUCAUUCUCAUCAUGUAUUUUCGGGUCUAUGUGGUGGCCCGCAGGACUACUAAGAGCCUGGAAGCGGGCGUCAAAAGAGAGAGAAAUAAGUCGAUGGAAGUGGUCCUCCGGAUUCACUGUCGCAGCGUGCUGGAGGACGCGCGUCCGGCCAGCUCAAAAAGCAACAAAAACCACCCGUUUCGAAGUUCGCUCUCAGUGCGACUGAUGAAGUUUUCCAGGGAGAAAAAGGCAGCGAAAACCCUCGCCAUCGUCGUGGGAAUGUUUAUCCUCUGCUGGCUGCCGUUUUUCUUCUUUCUGCCGUUGGGUUCCUUCUUCCCAGCACUGAAGCCAUCUGACACUGUGUUCAAGGUGGUCUUUUGGUUGGGCUACUUCAACAGCUGCAUCAACCCCAUGAUCUACCCUUGCUCCAGCAAAGAGUUCCAGAGGGCUUUCACUCGGCUCCUCAGAUGCCAGUGUCACCAAAGACGGAGGGUCCUGCGUCGCUUCUAUGACCAGAGGUGGCGGACAGCUGUAAAAGGAAUGACAAGGGAUCAGAAGGCAGACUAUAAGACUGGCUAUGCUGUGCGUGAAUCCUGUGGCAGUUCUUUGUUAUACAAGGGGAAAGGGCGCUCCUUAGGUUUCAACAGAUGGAGUCUGUUUCCACCCCUGCAAAAGUCCUCUUUCCAGCUCAAAGAGAAAGUGAACAACCUGUCAAAUAAAAUCAAGGGAGGAACAGGAAAGGGUACCACACCUGCAGUUGGCCGGAUUGAUAUAGUGGACACAGUCUCUAUGGGGAUUUACAGCUCCUGUGAGCAGAACAGUUAUCAGUUCUAUGAUCUGGCAGACUGCUAUGGUCUGAAAGAGACUGACAUUUAGAGGGUCACCAGAGAUUCUUUUAUUUAUUUUCAAAGGACCAUAUUGGAUCAACAUGCAGGAAAGACUAAGAUAGGGCAUAAUUUUGUGCUCACAAAAUAACUGAGAAUCAAAGCUUGAUUAAAGCUGUGGACUGAGAAUGAUGGCUUGACCCCAGCCCAAACAGGACUAAAUCUUUAUCUCAAUCCCUCAUGACCAUUGUGUUUAUUUAGAUAAAAAUUCUUGUGAACUACUUAAAGCCUCAUUUUGGAAGAAGACGGAAAAGUUGCCAACUCCUUGGACUUUCAUUUCACCACUGUCACUUGGAGGCACCUUGCAUGGACAUUACACAGCCACACAGUUGACAGGUGUACGCAUUUUUGGUGAGACACUUAACGUAAUUCAAUGCCAUUAUUACGGUUACACUUACUUCCUUAAAAUUUCAUAUCAGACAAUUUCCAUGUCUUUAAGUAUCAGCCAGCUGACACUGUGUGAUGACUCCCACUGAAUGGUGACUGCUUUGUUUGGUGUCCAGCUGAUUUGACAUAAAGAAAGAAAAAAAGAAAAAAAAAACACUAUUGCUGACUGUAAUGGAUGGAUUGAUGGAUUGGAUGGAAAUGGACUGAAACAAAGGUUUUGAAGCUCUAACGAGCAAAGUUAGAGUCAUAAGUGCAAUUUUUAUUGUUGAAUGAAUUAUGAUACUUCACCUUUUUUCCGUUUUGACAAGGCACUGCUGCACAGUAUAGGUUAUUUAUUUUAAAAGUUGGAUUUAUAAGUUAACUUGGCAUUGAUAUGUACAUUUGUUUAAAUAAAAUCCCACCGAACUGUAAUUUGCAUUGCCAAGUGAGUGCUAAUGUGAAAUAAAUAGGCUUUUUUGUAUUUUCUGAUGUCAUGUUUAUGUCAAAUGAAAAAUAAAAUAAAAAGGAGUGCAAGGCA